UUCUACAUAUCCAACAUCACUGUCUAUGCUAUUGUACCCUCUCUUUCUCUCUUUCUCCAUCUUCUUUUGUGGUCCUUUCCCUCCCUUUAUAACUCUGUUAUCACUUUCUCCAUUUCUACACAUACCUAGCUAGUUUGUAGACAACACUACUAUAGCUCUUCCCUCUCCUCCUCCUACACUCUCCCCUCUCCUUCCCCUUUCCUUCCACUAUAUAUAUGAGCUUGUCUUUUCUUUGUUAAUUUAUAAACCAAACCCAUUAUUUUUCUUCUUGGUUCAUUUGCUUCUAGUUCGUUGUAUAUUAUAAGCUAUAUAGAUUAUAGACAACAACACCAAAUUAACUAUAAUAGAGAGAUAUGUCUAGCAGAAGGUCGAGGCAGCAAUCUUCAUCUACGAGGAUCUCCGAUGACCAAAUCAUCGAACUUGUUUCGAAGUUGCGUCAACUUGUUCCUGAGAUUCGAGAUAGGCGUUCUGACAAGGUAUCAGCAUCUAAAGUCCUGCAUGAGACCUGCAACUACAUCAGAAGCUUGCACAGAGAGGUGGAUGAUUUAAGUGAAAGGUUGUCUCAGUUAUUGGCCUCAAUUGAUGGUGAUAGUCCUGAGGCUGCUAUUAUCAGGAGCCUAAUUAACCAAUAAUUAAGCAAUUAAGUAAUCUAAUUAAUUUUCCUGUUCAAGGGAGAUAUAUAUAUAAGAGUGUACUUUCGGUUUAGGUGGGUUAGAGUGCAGUUAAUUUCAGGUGUGUGUACCUAAAGUUUUUGUGAUAAAAACUGAGGACUUUGUGUUAUAUGAUGCUACAUAUAUAUGCAUGUGCCACAUUUAUAGAUGGCCAAAAUGUAUCACUUGUUAAAUUUAUUAAGGUUAUAUAUAUGCACUUUACCUCAAUCACUUGAGUUUUGGUAGCAGAAAACAUUUGGUGGAGAAUAUGCAUGUGUAUAUAAAUUAGUAGGCUAUUGAUGUAUUAUACCGUAAUUGGACCAACUUUGUUUUUUCUCAUAAUCAAUCCUAAAAUUAAGAAA